CCGAGCGAGAACUGGACGUCAGCAGACAACCCAUGCGAAUCCUAUCAGUGCGUGUCCGUUGAAAAAGACAAGCUAGAGAGAGUCACCACCGUGCAAACCUGCAACAGCGAUUGCGAUUUGGGCUGGCAGUACUCCCCGGCGGAACCGAAUAGCGGCAAGUGCUGCGGCAAAUGCCGCCCAGUGGCAUGUGUAUGCGAAGGCAUCGAACACCCCGUCGGAACGCGAUGGCACUCGGCUGAUUUCUGCACUCACUACUCCUGCGUCGACGUCAACGGCACUCUCCAAGUGCAAAGCUCCAAUGAUACCUGUCCGGAAGUGUCAAAUGCGAUGAGGGAGCAGUUCAAGUUAAAGGAGGAACCCGUGCCUGGCAAAUGCUGCAAGUCGGUCGAGGUGGUGGCUUGUCGUGUCGGUGACAAAGUCUACCAGGAGGGUCAAACGUGGCCGACGAGCGACCCGUGCAAGAACAUGACGUGCGCCCGCGACGCGGACAAUGUCCUCACCCAUAAGGAAUCGGUGGAGAAGUGUUCGCACGAGUGCCCUCGCGGCUGGAAGGCGCAACCACCUGAGCCCGGCCGCUGUUGCGGCGAUUGCAAGAAGUACGCGUGCAUUGUGGGCGACGAACUCAAGCAAAUCGGCGACACUUGGCAAUCUCCGGACACGUGCACGACGUACGCGUGCGAGCGCUACGGCGACGACGUGUCCACGACGACAUCUCGACCCAUUUGCCCUGACGUGUCUGACUGCGACAUCAAGAAUCUCGUCAAUGAGACUUGUUGUCAAGUGUGCAAGAGGAACAGCAGCUCGCUAACGGUAUUGCCGUCGUGCACGCCGCAGCCGCUGCCCGACGUGGACUCGGUUGGCCUGGUGCGGGUGUCGAUGGGGUCACGCGGGCUGUGCGUCAAUCGGCAGCCGCUGCCGCUCUUGAAGGAGUGCGUGGGCACCUGCGAUUCGGGCACUCGUUACAACAACAAGACGGGUAGCCACGACUCGAACUGCAAGUGCUGCCAAGUUUCCCGCUACGAGCCGAUCACGGUGACGCUGAUCUGCCAGGACGGCACUUCGCUGGCGCACAACGUGGCGUCGCCCGUCGCCUGCGCAUGCCAGAGCUGCGGAGAGACGCAGUGGGCGGGGCAAGAAACCGACGAGGUACCUGACAUAUACCAGCGGAUCAGGCCCAGACGAUAAUCGAAUAUCGCACAUUCUACAGACUCAAGAAGGAAACAAAUUUUGCCAUAACCUGAAAAACUUUACACGACACUCAAGACAUCAUGGCUCACGAAUGAGACCGCAUUUACUUUCUAAGAGAACUAAUUAAUUUUAUAAAUAUUUUUCUUCAAAUUUUUAUUAUUAUUUACUAUUUACUUAUUUAAAUAUAUAAUAUUCCAUUGGAUAAUAUAAAUUUAGAUCUGGUGGCCGUAGAAUCGUUCAAGUCUUUUAUUUUUGAUAUGUUUAAAUGUGAUUUGUGCCGCUACUUCUUGAGACUCAAGUAAAGUUUUUCGGAUGACGACGAAAUUUUCAGAUGCCUUAAAAGUAGAAUCUGAACGUAACACGCAAGCAAGCAAGCACUAUUCAUUGAUAAACACGUGAGAUUUAUUGGCCAACAUGUUCGACGUAAAUGGAUGUUAGCCGACAUCUGAUAUUUUUGUCCGAACAUGUUCUCCAUUGAGAAUGGCGCUUUGUAGAUAAAGUUAAGAGCACAUUACACUUGACACUUACCGUUCUUCUCGUAAGUAGCAUAGAGAUGAUUUUAGAAUUUCCUACCCAGUGUUGCAGUUUAAGGCACUAGUUUUCAACUAAUAAAAUAUUUUCUAAUAAAAUAGUUUUAAAUUAGUACAUUAUCUGUUAAACUUUUGACAGUGUUGUUACCUGCUUUUUGUUUUGAAAUUUUUGAGUUUCUGUCUUGUGACGCCGGGUCACAUUUUAGUUGGAGAAUACAAAACGUACCUGCGUUUUGCAUUCUCCUUGUCAACUUCACUACUAAAUUUGAAUAAUUUCUUUAAAAAAAAAACAAAUCGACCCCUCCUAAGCAAAGUAUCGUAUGUCGAAAUUGCCAAGUUUACAGGGAAGCGUUUUAAAGUUAUGAAUCCACUGAAAGGAACAUAACAGGUGACUUCAGCAUUUUUCAGUUUUAUUCGGCAAACGGUUACUCACACAGAGUAUUGUAAAAUCCUACAUAUCGGUUAGAUGAUCUAU